UAACCACUCUGAUUAAUAUGUAAAAUAAUAUCUUAAAAUACAAAUACGUUAAACGCGAAAGCAAAUGCAAAUGUUUUAUUUCGGGUCAUUGCAGAGUUUCAUUAAUCUUAUUUAUUGUGAAAGUUUGCGUGGGUGGAGUUUCACCUUCUCCAUAUUCAGAAGUUGGGUGGAUGCUUGAAGCUCCCUCUGUAUGCAGUAUAAAGAGUGGCUCUCGGUCUCUUUAAGACAAGACAAAUUAACGGAUUGUGAAAAUAAUUGGCUCCAUUGCUUACAUUUUUGACAUCACUGAAACAUUAAUGGUGUCCUUUGAUGCGCUUUAUGCUUGACACGAGGCCAGAGGACCAUGAUGGAAUAUUUGAGCGACAAGUUUGCAUUGAAAAGUCAAGCGAUUAAAGGCAGCGAUUACUACAUGGACCAAGUCAUGGAGACUUUAGACAAUGUGCAGUACUACAACAAGACAUCACCGAAAUGCGUUCAGGCCUUCACAAUGCAGAACAACGAUCACCACAACACGAUGGACAGGUCCUCUCCAUGUGACAACCAAAACAGUAAGUACGUGAAUUACUGCGCUCCUAAAACUGAGGACAGCGCUCUUCAUCCCAUGGAAAACUGCUGCAAUAUUCGAGGCUCGCCGGCCACAACCGGACCAGAGAAAAACGACUUAGAAGAGAUCGGUGAAAAAUGCGACAGUAAUGUGUCGAGCAGCAAAAAGAGACGCCAUCGCACAACAUUCACGAGUGCUCAACUCGAGGAACUAGAGAAAGUCUUUCAGAAAACUCAUUAUCCAGAUGUGUAUGUGAGAGAACAGCUGGCCAUGAGAACUGAACUCACCGAGGCUCGAGUACAGGUGUGGUUUCAGAACAGAAGAGCUAAAUGGAGGAAGAGAGAAAGAUACGGACAGAUUCAGCAGGCCAAAAGUCAUUUCGCAGCGACGUACGACAUUUCAAUGCUUCCCAGGACAGACAGCUACUCACAGAUUCCCAACAACUUGUGGACGGGCCCUGCUCCGGGGAGCUCUGUAGUCUCUUCCUGCAUGAUCCCACGAGGGUCCCCUCCAUGUGUGACGUCACCCUACCCCCACUCACCCCGAGCCAGUGAACACGGUUACGUGGGAUUCCCCAAUCACCAACAAAAUCAGUUUGGAGUUAAUCAUGUGUCCCUUAACAACUUCUUUGCCGAUUCACUUCUGGCUUCUUCACCAAACAGUCACGCCGCGUUUGAGACCAAACCGGAGUUUGAAAGGCGCUCCUCCAGCAUUGCUGUAUUGCGGAUGAAGGCUAAGGAACACGCAGCCAACAUAUCUUGGGCUAUGUGAACUCUGAAUUUAUUUUUAAAAUGCUGAUCUAAAUGACUUCCCAAAUAAAGACACUAACUUUUUAGCUAAGAGUCAGAGGCUGGCCCGAGGAGAAAAUAAAGCAGUGUGUUAAAUAUUAAUUCUCUUUUUUGUUGUUUUAAAAAAGAUGUCAGCAAUAAUAUACUUGAAACAACAAAGA